AUGGCCUCCAAUGCCAACGCUAGCAACACCAAGGACGGGGCUCCUCCUCAUCACAACCAGCUGCAGCAGCAGCGCAGCAAGCCGGUGGGAAAGCCGCGUGGCAUGCGCCGGGAUCGGGACUGUCGCAGCUGCAAGCUAAGGGACAUCAAGUGCGAUCUGAACAGACCUUCGUGCGGAGAAUGUAUCGCUGCAGGUGUCCCCUGUGGAGGCUACCCCCAGCGAGUCAUUUGGGUCGGUUCCACCUCGUCCGCGAAAGAUGCCUCCCCCACGACCUCAGCCGCACCCUCCCGUGUACAGCGACAAGCCAAAGCUCACCAGUCAACGCUGUCUCCGUCCAGCGACUCCAGCCUCACCCCGGACCGCCCCCCUGACCGACCCUCAGAAUCUUCGCUGUCACCUUCAGAGCGACUGGUGUCCAGCCCUGGAGAUGAGCCUAUCAACUGGGCGGAAGCCGACCAGAACAGCUUCAUCCGCCCGCUGGUAUCUUUAUGCCAGCAAAUCAUCUCGCUGGACGGCGAUGCCUUGAGUAGCAAUCGCUACCUGUCCGUCGAGGCUUUGCGCCUGAUCUCGCGGCUCCGCGACUUUGUUCAAGCGCGAAUCGACGGGCACCCGGCUCGAGCCUCAAGAGAUCUUUGGGAGUCAGAGACCAUGGCGAGAUACCGGCUAAAUGCCCUCAUGAGUCUCAAGGACACGCUCAAGGCGACCAACCCCUUUGCCUUUAUCGGCAUUGCGGCCUUCGCCUUCUUCGAGGUGUGCGAUAGCGGCUUCGGUGACUGGCAACGCCAUCUAUACGGGGCAAAGUCGCUACUAGACUUUCACUGCAAGAGCCGCCGAGAGCUAGAUACACUCUCCGAGAGCGUUACCGGCUUGGGGGAAAUGGUGGUUCGGCUGGUGUGGUUCGACACCUGUGGCAGCAUCAUCAGGGGCACGACGGACCUCAUCUUCGAGCCCUGGCAUCGUGAGCUGCUGACAGAGAGUUUCUUCCGCACCGUCGGAUGCGCUUCAGAUACGUUCCGUCUGUUCACCCGCGUGGCUAGCGGUGAAGUUGCGUCCAAUCCGUCCACCAGCGUAAUUCUCGCCAUGGCGCAACUGCUCAAGCUCGGCCAGGGCUCCUCGGACUGGGAUCGCUCGGCUGAUGCUUAUCGCUGUGCGGGGGUCAUUGCCGUCCUCACCAGAGUCAGGGAUGAACAAUCUGCAGAAUCGACAAUCUCGCUGGCUGUGGAUCGGACGUGCCAAAUCAUUGCGGCAACGCCGUCAUCUUCGCAGUUCUACAUACACAUGGCUGUUCCGGCAUAUCUGGCGGGCAUCAACGCUAGCUCGAUGAAGCAGUGUGAUGUGAUACGGGCGUACUGGCACAACUGUAACCAUGCUGGUGUCCGACGAUAUCCGGAUGGAUUAGCCAGGUGUGAGGACCGUUGGAAAAUGAAAGAGCUGGUCUGA